UUUACGGUUCGUACCGUUAGUACGUUUUCGACAACUGAAUACACGUAGUACGGUACCGGUAUGGUAAUAGUUGGAAUAUCGUACGGUAGAACGGUAUCAAAUAGCACGAGGAUUGCUCGAUCAGCAUCAACGUCGGCCAUCUUUUGUUAGGUACUCACAAACUCUAGUCUCGCUGCCAAACCAGGCCGUUCUUUCACCAAUCCACCCACGGGAUAUAGAGGAAUCGACUAGCAAGAGAGACAGGUAUUUAGUCGURAGGGCAACAGCAAUAUCUGAAAAUACCAUACGGAUCAGCCACCAGGGAAACGAAACAUUCCAACUAGUACUAUGAAACGAUUCGCAAGUUUAUCGGUCUUGGCGGCCUUCUUGGGAUUGGUGACGAGCCCCUUCGCGAACGGAUUUUCUUUAGCCACCCCACACAGAGCGGUCGGCGCACCAUUCCAGCUCUUUCAGCCCCGGGCCUCGUCGACGAGCCUUACCACGCCCUUGUCUGCCUCCAGUGGCGACGCGACCGCAAGCGACAAAUCACCAGCGGCUUCCAAGGAAAAAAAAACKUGGAAAGAACUGCGAGAAGAGGGCGGCCCGUUCKCUAUCAACACACCCAUUGGAGCUCUGAAUCCGUUUGCGUUAUAUUAUUUUUUUGUGUCGAUUGCGCUAGGAAUCCCGUGGUUCAUCCUUGCUUCGACCUGCCAACUGUUGUAUAAGAUAACCGGCAACCGAUUCGAUCCUGGGGUACGUGUGCGCGGCAACGAGGUAUUUGAUGCGACACAAURCGGUGCGGUCCGAUCGGAGGUUAGGCACAUAGUUGGAAACAACGCCUCRCCUCUUCGAGAGAGCCACGGAWUAUCAAUGGGGUCAACUUUUCGUCCAAUGCGAUAAGUGGAAAUCCUCUUGUUCCAAUAGCUGUGGUACCGUCRUCACUUCCGUUUUCGUUGUGCAAUGCUUGUGCUCCGCACGACGUAUGCGUCUUGUGUCUCUUCGUUCGGGAAAUAUCUCACCUGMUGAACCCGUCUAUUUUCUAUUCUUGUCACCAMUUUUUUACUUACGCACCGCAGAGACGCGUUCCCAUCUUCGUUGGCCAUUGCUGGGGUAUGGCACUCAUGAGACUGACUAGGUGUUAUCCUAAGAUCCACAACCGUGAAUACAUCWCCGAGUUUUUCAAGAACAAGAAUGCGGAGGGAAAAGAGCCAAACGCAAUGUUCGUCGCCAACCACUGCAGCUGGAUGGACAUUCCUUUCUUGGGAGCUGUCAUGGGAUGGAGAAACUACAAAAUUGUUUCGAAAAAGGAACUUGGAAUUGUUCCGAUCCUAGGAACCGCUCUGCGAGCCGGUGGCCACAUCAUGGUCGAUCGAACCGAUCGACGAUCGCAAAUCAAAACUCUGAAACAAGGGAUUAAUUACUUGAAAAAGGUGCGUGUGUACGAUGGCUGCCACUGCGUAAUGCGUACCGCUUGAUGCUUGGUGUUUUCACCGUGUCAUUGGUCACGGURUGAUUUGAGAUCAACAUAUCGUCUCGUGCCUGCUCCGAAUCUUGUGUUCUGCGUUCUCACUUAGACAUCGCAUAUUGUAUGAAACAAUACUCGURUGCAAAUUUCGAUUGACGCAGGACGGAUUUAAUCUCGCCACCUUCCCCGAGGGAACUAGAUCUCGAUCGGGCCGCAUGAUGAAGUUCAAGGCCGGGGCCUUCAAAAUGGCCCACAAGGCGGGAGCACCGGUCRUUCCUAUUUCGAUCGUACAUUCCRACAAGGUUAUGCCCACCGGCUGGAUGAUGGCUAUGAGACCGGCCUGGGGACUCGCAGAAGUCGUUGUGCACCGACCAAUUGCAUCCGAUGACAAGACCGAAGAAGAACUCGUGGAAGCGGUUCGAAAGAGCAUGAUUGACGGCCUCCCCGACGACCAAAAGCCCGUAUGAGAUGAACGAUGACCAACGCUAGAAAGAAUAUGAAAGUAGUGUUACUCCUUAACAUUUUCAAGGUUGCAGGAACCGUGAUUUUCUACUUGACUCYUAUGAUUUAGUUGAUUUGGGGUGUGUACAUACUAGUUCGCCAACUUGAUUACCGCCAUCAUCUAGUGAAAAGCAGUUCUUUUUUUUGUCUGAGACGAUGCCAGUGAUUACGAAGUGGUGUAGGAGGAAGACAUAUAGAUAGGUUGGUAGUUAAAAGUGUA